AUGCCGCCCGCCGAAGUGCUCGCGCACCCGCCACCGCACAAGCAUCACCCCCGCCCGCCGCCGCCGGAGCAGCACCCCGACCUCGAGAACCCCGUGCUCCCAGACGCUGGGGAGGAGCUGGCAUGGGGCGAGCAGCAAGGGCUCGCCGAGCGGGACAACGAGGCGGGACCGUCAACGCCGACGAGUAAGAUCAGCCCGUUCGGCGCCAAGGCCGUUGCCGCCAUGAUGGGCGCCGUGUCGACGAGUUUGCUGAUGACACCCUUCGAUGUGCUGAAGACUCGCCUGCAAACCGUGCAGCCCCAGAUGCGUCCAGAGUUCCGGCCGCCGGCCGAGUGUUGCCAGACCGUCGUUGUCGUUCCCUCCCGGUCAAAUGGAGAGUGCGCGACGAGCACGAUCCCCGGCGCUCGUCCAGGACCAGCGGGGGCGACCCUCCUGCGCUCGUCCGGUGGCGAGGUCCUCAUGGCACCCGCUGGGUGCUACCACCCGAGCAAGUGGGCGGGGAUUUGGGGCGAGGCGACCGAGGCGGUCACAUUUGAGCAGGCUAUCCGGCGAGGGAUCCCGGGCGGUCUGCCGCUAGAGGUGCACAAGGAGGGAGGGUUCUGGAACGAGAUUGCGGCGGUCAGGAGGGAGACGGGAGUGAGGGGGUUGUGGAAGGGAGUAGGGACGACAUUAACCAUGUCGGUCCCAUCGAGUGCGAUCUACAUGCUCGGAUACGAGUAUCUCCUCUCAGUGCUCGCGCCCAUGUUCGCCAACAAGGGGCAGAACGCCAUCCUGACCCCCGCACCGCUAGUCGCGGGCUCGCUCGCCCGAACGCUCAGUGCCACGAUCAUCUCGCCGAUCGAAAUGUUCAGGACGAGACUGCAGGCGCUGCCGCCACCGGGUCAUGCACCCCCAACCUACGCGAGCACGGCGCGGGACAUGGCUGCGCUGGUGAAGGCCGACGGCGUCUCGAUCCUCUGGCGCGGCCUGGGUCCAACGCUCUGGCGCGACGUCCCGUUUUCCGGUAUCUACUGGGCCGGCUUUGAGCUGCUGAAAUCGCGCCUCUCCUCGCCUCAGGCGCCCGUUUCCAUGUCCCCCGUCGGCAUUUCCUUCACUUCUGGCGCACUCAGCGGUAUAGUGGCCGCGCUGCUGACGCAGCCCUUUGACGUGCUCAAGACGCGGCGACAGGUUUUCACCCCCUCUCCCUCCUGCGCCCCGGAGGCGCUGAACCACCGCGCGUCGACUAUCCCGCUCUGCCUGCAUAUUAUCAAGACGGAGGGCGCGGGCGCGCUCUUUGCGGGCGAUCCGGCCACCGCUCGACCACGGACGUCCGCCUGUCUCGACCAGACUUGGUCUAGCGGCGCGCCUCGAGUCGAGCUCGAUCUCGAUCAUGCGCCUACCCUAGCUGUGAACUGGGAUUAUACCGAGCAAAUGGGCGACUCGGGGUCUCGGGAUCAAUGCCGAGCGGAAGAGGAGACAGUAUAG